AUGGAAAGAGGUCAGGGUAAACUAGAUAAAUCCACAAAAGUGCUCGGAGUUAAAAUUCCACGGACGCUCAUUGGGCGUCCUCGGGGCCUCAGCCUAGCUAUGACUAAUAGCAGGCGUAGGCUCGAUAUAUGUCAGUCCAUGCGAUUAUAUAGGCCAUUUAGGCGCGAUUUGACCCUGUCUGCACUCCAUAUCGAUAAGAUAGAGCCGUCUGCAGGAUUUGUGACUUGGGCCGAGCAGCCGUGA